AUGACAGAUCACUUUCUCAAUUACCCCUCUGCCCGUGAGGGUCCUUCUGUGCCUUACAAAAAUGAGACUCAAUCAAUUCCAGUAUUUCGCGGCAUUCCGCUAGCCAUUGAGGCAACACUGAUUCAUAAUGUUGGCUUCAUCCAAAGUCAUUUCUGGAAUAAUGCGGGCUUCGACAUCAUUCGCGAAAUUCCCAAUCUGCAUCAGUAUCCUGGCCGUAACGAUCCCACUGUGAUUCCCGUGGAAGCUGCCCAACCCGAUCCGCUAUUUAAAUCUACUGUCCAGAAGCGCAAAGGCCCUAAUACCUAUUACACUUCGGCAGAUUACCAUGCGCUCUACUUGUCUAGUGACCUGACCCCAACUGUUGUUGUUGAGGCCUUGCUCCCUUUGAUCCGGCGCGAUACCAAGCCCUCAGGAAAGCACUCAACUGCUUUCCUCGAGUCCCAAGUUAAUAUUAUUCUCGCAGCUGCCAAGGCGUCCACGGAGCGAUAUCAGAAGGGAGCUUCGCUUGGACCGCUCGAUGGUGUUCCUGUCGCAAUCAAGGACGAAGUCCACCUCACGGGCUACAAGCGGACACUGGGAACGAAGCUUGAUUUUACGGCAGGAAUCGAUGCGACUUCUUGGUGUGUACAGCAAUGGCAAGACGCCGGCGCUAUUGUGAUUGGCAAAACCACUAUGCACGAGCUAGGACUCGACACAAACAAUAACAAUCCCAAUUUCGGAACCCCUCGCAACCCCCACAAUAAUAAAUACUACUGUGGGGGCUCAUCAGGAGGCUCUGGCUACGCCGUCAGCGCCGGUCUAGUGCCCAUUGCCCUCGGCGCAGACGGCGGCGGCUCGAUUCGUAUCCCGUCCUCAUUUUGCGGCAUCUGGGGCCUCAAGCCGACACACGGUCGUGUGUCUGGUAUGCCAUCGCUUAGUCUCGCUCCAUCUGUCGGUGUCAUCGGGCCCAUGGCAGCAAGUAUUGACGAUCUUGCCCUCGCAUAUCGGAUUAUGGCAACCCCACCCCCAGCAUCACAGGAUCCAAUCGCCUCCCAAUUCCCGAAACCAGCGCCAGCCGGCUCAAAUCGCACUAGACCAAAGACUAUUGGAAUUGUUCGCGACUGGAUCGACCGCGCCGAGGCCCCUGUUCGCGCUGUCUUCGAUACAGCACUCGCUCACUACCGUGAAAUUGGCUACGAAAUAGUCGAGAUCAAAAUCCCCUUCCUCAUGGAAGGUCAGCGUGCUCAUGUCUUGACAAUCAUGGCUGAGAUCGCAUCGGGCGUAAAGCCUAGCCAGAUCCGCCACCUGACAGCCCCGAACAAAGUGCUUGUAUCAAUGGGCAUGUACCAAAUCAAAGCACAAGACUUCCUCGCAGCUCAACGCCUGCGAACUCUGCUCAUGUAUCACCUCGCCUACCUCUUCGACAUUCACCCUGGCAUGAUGAUUUUCACUCCAACAACCCCACUCCCGGGCUGGCACAUCGAGGGCGAAGCAGAUCUUACACGUGGUCUGUCGGAUGGCAAGACCUCCGUCCGGAACAUGGAGUAUGUCUGGUUGGCCAAUUUCACCGGCUGCCCUGCUAUUAACUGUCCGGCUGGUUAUGACCAUGCCAGCGGUGUACCGAUCGGUGUGAUGGCUAUGGGUGAAUGGGGAGAUGAAGAGAACUUGAUUGACUUUGCCCGUGACGGUGAGGCUAUUCUGGAUUUGCCGGCUAAUCGUCCUCCGGCCUCUAGUGAGCACUCUGUGCAGGGUCUCCGUGUUCCUUCCGAUAUUGAUUCAAAUUGGGAGGAUAUCAUCUCGAAGGCUAUCAUUUUGAACAAUACUGACGUUUAG